AUGGCGGCAGCGGCGAUUCUGUCUUCGGGUUGGUUGUUCCUCCAGGCAUCUGCGAGCUCGCAUCCUCGACUUGUACCCCGUUCGGACCUCGCAACCCUACCUAUAGUCAACACCCCAACGUUACACGCACGCGAUUUCGAUGGGAAUCCGAAUACGGCGGCUGGAUUGGCACAGGUGUCAAUUUCCAGUGACCGACAGUCCUAUACUACCAUAAUCAAGAUAGGCGAUAUCAACUUCCGCGUUGCACUGGACACGGCCUCUGCGGAUCUUUGGGUCGUGUCCUCAGACUGCGACACCAAGGAAUGCGAGAAGGUCCCCAGGUUUCCAUUGGCGUAUCAGAGUCAGACGUUUAGAGAGAUUAAUGGCAAUGAGACGACAUUCGAGGCUGGAUAUGCCGAUGGGACCGCUGCGUCGGGUUUCUUGGCCAAGGAGAGGAUAGCACUGCAUGAUAUCGUGCUGGAUGAUCAAGUUUUCGGACUCGUAUCCCAAUCCAACCUCUCCUUCGUCGACCAAACCAGUGGCCUCCUGGGACUCGGCUUUCCUAGACUCUCGUCUUUCCCAAAUGUCACCAACGUUGCGCCCUUCUUCCCUAGACUCGCCCAAAAGGGAAUGCUUGAAUACCCUCUGUUCGCGUUCAGCCUCACGCGGAAUAACACUGGGUCUCUGGCUCUCGGUGCAAUCGACGCGUCUGUGGUGAAAAAUGUCAGCUUGAUCGCUUGGAACCAAGUCGCGUCUUUCCCGCCGUUCGCUGAAACUGAGAGCGACGUCGGGGAACCUGGGUAUUUGCAAUGGGCGAUUCCAUUGGCGGAGGUCUAUGUGAAUGGGACGGCGUUGGAGAUUAAUCCUGUCUUCCCUGAAAGGAAUGAAGGGAGGGUUUUGGCUCUGGUUGAUAUUGGCGCGACUGGGAUCUAUGGACCAGCCCAGGAGGUCUCCAAGAUCUUCGCUAUGAUCGACGGUUCCAGAAUCGUCGAUGCUGACGGCCAAUGGGUUAUUCCGUGUGACACUGACGUUCCCAUUACGUUCACAUUUGGCUCUCAAAACUACACGCUCCUCCCAGAAGACUAUAUGAUUGGACCAGCGUUAGGCAAUCCCAACUUGUGCUUAUCCUGGCCGAGAGCACAUCCUCCGCAUUCUGACGCCAUUGAUUGGCAAUUCGGAGCUGCAUUCCUGCGGACUGUUUAUUCUAUUUUUAGCUACGGCAUUGACACCAAAGAACCACCUCUCAUUGGUUUCUAUUCCAUUCGCAACGAAACGCUUCUCGCGAACACUACGCAACCACCAGAAGAGCUCGCUUCGUUCUUCUCUGCUCAUUCAGCGACCGUGCCUACCACUCUACCCAACGUCCUACUCCCGACCCCGAGUUACUCUUCACCGCCAUAUGCAUUCAACUCCUCCGUACCGGCUCCUCUCGGAGCUAUAGUCACCUCUGACCUCGCCAACAGCACCUACAGCGCUUUGUUUGGGAUCCAUACCACUUUCAAUGCCUCUGCGAUUCCCACUAUUUCUGUGAACCAGACUUUGAUUACGCAGACAUUUACUGACGAGGCUGGCCAACUUACUGUUUCCACAUCGACUGUGGAAAUAGAGACGGCUCCGACUCUGGGCGUUCCACCUGGAUGGAGUUCGUCGGCUACUCGCCAAGGACUUGAUUCGUUCUGGACAUUCUACGCCUUCUUCCCGACUUGGACGUUAGCUUUCUUGUUUUACUGUAUUGGCGAUCUUGUCUCAUAA